GUCUUUAUUACGUCAUAUCCUUUCUGCUUUAGAAACAGGUAUGGCGGCGGCAGCAGAGAAGUCAACAAAAGAGCGGCUACUUUCUGUGUUGGAUGAUUUGGAGGUGUUAUCGCGGGAGCUGAUCGAGAUGCUGGCUCUGGCCAGAAACCAGAAAGUUCCUCAGCCAGGAGAGGACACACAGAUCCUGGAGCUUCUGGUGCAGAGGGACAAGGAAUUCCAAGAGCUGAUGGAGGUGGCCCAGCAGCAGGGAAAGAUUCAUCAGGAGAUGCAACUGUUGGAAAAGGAAGUGGAGAAGAGAGACAGUGACAUCCAGCAGCUGCAGAAACAGCUGAAGGAGGCAGAGCACAUCCUGGCCACUGCAGUUUACCAGGCCAAGGAGAAACUUGCUUCCAUUGAAAAGGCUAAGAAAGGAAGUGUCUCAUCAGAGGAAAUCAUAAAGUAUGCUCACAGAAUCAGCGCCAGUAACGCUGUGUGUGCUCCGCUGAACUGGGUUCCAGGAGAUCCACGCCGACCUUAUCCAACUGACCUGGAAAUGCGCAGUGGGAUCCUCGGACACAUGGCAAACCUGCCCAGCAAUGGUGUGAACGGACACCUGCCAGGAGACGCUCUGGCUGCUGGACGGUUACCAGACAUCUUGACCCCUCACUACCCCUGGCAGUCCUCGGACGUCUCUGCAGGGAUGCUGCCUCCUCACCACGGCAACGAUUUCAGCCUGGAGCCUCCAGGCCACAACAAGGAGAACGAAGAUGAUGUUGAAGCCAUGUCAACAGAUUCCUCCAGCAGCAGUAGCGAUUCAGACUGAAACACUGUUUUCCUGAGUACUGGCAUUACACAAACAUUGACAGACCCAGCGAGAUGUGUUUGUUGAUAAUCUGAGUAAAAACUUGCUUCAGUUCCCUUUUUCCUGUUCGAACUGGUAUUUCCUCUGGUUUGUCAGACCUGGAAGAAAUCAGUUUGCUUUCAUGCCUUUUUAGCUUUUUAUUUUUGUCAAGCACCUGUAUCUGAUAGAUGGAGAUGGUGUGAGCCAUUUCCUGUGUUUUGCAUGAAUUACUAACUGGGCAAAUGGAAAAAAAAGCUUUAAAAUUCUUGGUUUGCUCUUCUGUGGCAGAAAACAGUCAUUGAAGUAUAAAGUAAAACUUUCAGUUGAUGUUGUGUAAAUACUUUUGUAUAUACUUAACAUUGUAAAUAAAUACUUUUGGUUAAAACUUG